GUAGUCGGGCUCGGAGCGAACGAGUGAACAACCACAUAGCAAUGGUGUAGGGACAGAGCUCAGUUCGCCAAGAUGGUGAAGUGCAAAGACCUAAUACUGAAAUACUUGAACGAGAAAACCCAUGCUGGCGAUAGACCGGCUGCUAGCAGUGUUGGCCUUGUGGAGGGAAGAUGCGAGACGCCUCUCCUGAUGAAGAGUGGAUACAUUCCUACGUGGCGCUCAGUUUGCGAGAAAUGGAUCCAAGAGGCUUUGGAGGAGAAGGAAGGCGAAGUCACUCCCGUCUAUGUCCUUUACAAUGCCUACUUAAAGGAUAACCCCCAACAGUACCUGGAUAUAGCCCAGUUUGGGAAGAUUUUGAAAUCAAGAUUCCAGAACAGAAAAUGCCGCCGGGGCAAGCAGGGAGCCCAGAUCUACGUCUACAAAAAUGUGAUCAUCAAGACAAAAGCAGCAAGUAUGGUGAGUCAAGAAACCAAGAAGGGUUACAAACCAAAAGCCAAGUCGUCAGACCACUUUUCUUCCAUGGAUUAUAAGCUUUUUAAUGGUAUCCAGUCCAUUGCUGAUUCCCUUGGACAGUCAGGCAUAACACCAGAGUCUUCGAGUUCGAAAAUGCUGCUACCAGUCGAUUUUUCUUCCAUAAAAAACGGGUCUUUUAACAAUCAACAGUCCGUUCCUGGACAUCACGGACAGUUACCCAUGACGCCAAGACUUCAUACGGAAGCCUCUUCGGCCAAUGUGAGCUCAGAAGCAACUUCACCUCUUGAUUUACGUCUUCCAGCUGCUGUAGCCCGAAGGAAGUUAUUGUUAUCAACUAACCCUUAUGAAUACAGCAACUAUGAAAACAUCAAUAACCACAAAAAGUCAAAGAUAGAUGUACUGGGUGUUCUGGAAGUUCAGCAUCAGAACAAAGAAGAGGAUGAUAGAAGUGUCUGUAGUAGUUUGAGUGAAUUGUCAAGCUUGGCUAAGGAGAGUAGUGAUGGGAAUUCGGAGAAUGAUGAAAAUCCACACGACAUUGCUGAUAAAGAUCAUGAUUUCAUGACCGUGUUUACGGACAAUCACUCGACAGCAUUGGGUAGUAAAGAUAACAUGGAAUAUGUCUUUUGUAACAGAGAUUUAAGUUCGCCCCAAAAAUCUAUGCUUCUGGAUGUGGAGGUCAGGGAUAUAGAAGUGGAAGAAGAGAGCUGCCUUUACUUGGAUUAUGACCAAGCCAAUACAAACGCCAUCAGUGAAAAAUAUUUUAAAGAUAAAUUGCAGAGGAAAACAUCAGACAGACACUCGAACGUGAAAGUGACGGAAGACCAUUUUGUUGCAAGACCAGAGGGGGGAGAAGUAAAAGGAAUUGCCGCAACUGACUUGAAUGAGGGACCAGCUCAAGAGGAGACCCGAAGCACACCAAGAUCCUCAGAGGGACAAACUGUGACGAAAGUGGAAACCUUGAACAGGAAGACAAUAGAAACUAACAGGAUGGCUCUGGGACGCAGGUGGGUGGACCACAAUCUACGGGAUCGACCAGGAAAGCGGACCUUCCCCUGGGAGAUCGCCGCAGCAUAUGCGCGGGACCGCCCUGAAGAACCUCUGACUGACACUAAUUUUGCUGUGCUGAUCAGAAGUAAAUUCCCUUCAAGAAGAAAGAAAAUAACCAGUGGACCCAGAACCAUUUAUUACUACCAAGAUCUGGAACUAACCAAUCCGUCACAGCUGGUAGACAAUUCUUCUGUCCUCAGAGAAACCACUCAAGAUGGUCAAAACUUAACCCCUAAUGCACCAGCCAUCCUGAUGUCUGGGGAUGAUGGUGCACCGGUGGCCGUGUUGAAUCCACCAGCCGAGAGUGUGUUUACCAUGAACGGCAAGCCUUAUGUUUCCUUGAAAAUAAUGGUCUCACCUUCGAGUACGUCUAGUGCUGGGGAUCCCUCGAAUUCAAAAGGACAGAAGACUCUUUCAUAUGAGGCUGUUGCAAACUGUAAGACUAAAAAUGAAGGAUCUGAAGAAGGGAUAGUCAACCAUCCUCACAAUGCACGAGUGUUUGAAUCAAGCUGCGGUUCUCCAGACAAAAGCAACGAUGGCAUGCUAAUAACAGAUCAGAGUCUCACUGAGGGUGGUGACAUAGGAUGUGCAGAACAUCCAGGGAGAGAUCAAAGUCAAAGUGGGGAUGAUGGGAUGUUCAGUAAAAGCAUAGCAUCUCUAGAACGUUCGGUGAGAGAUCAAAGCCUUGCUGGAAAUGAUGGGAUGUUCAGUGAUGGCACAGUGCCUCCAAAACACCCCAUGGAAGAUGUAACAUCAUCAGCCAUUUGUCAGAAUUUAGUGGAUACAAUCAAAGCAGAACCGAUAGAUGCGGAAACUGAUCUAUUAAUCACUGUUGAGCCCAGUGACGUAAACACGAAUCCAACAGUAACAAAGAUGGAUAUGGCCGUCUCAGACUAUCUACACAAGGAAAUGUUAAGUGAAGAGAUUUGCAGUUAUGUCCACGAUGAAGGAUGCAUAAAAAGUCGAACGUCAGAGGAUCAAGGGUCCCAAGAAACAGACAGUCCAAAGAAAGAAGGGAAUAUAAAUUCUUUAACAAAACAGGUGGCUGAUUUUACUUCCAAAUCUCUCGAACACAAAGAAAAAUCAGAUGUCAGAAAUCUAUCUUCUGAUAGCAUCCAUAAAGAAAUAAAUAAGUCUGUAGUCAAAUUCCAGAAUUUGUUUUCAUUGGAACGGAAAUUGUCUCGAAGUUCUGAAUCACGGAAAUCUAGGAAAAGAGAUCGGUUGAUUCAAACCUUUGAUGCGAAAGGUAAACGCCCGAGACCAAAUGAUCAUCAGGCAAAUAAACGGCCAAACUUGGAUAGAUACAAGAGGCUGAGUGGACACGCUACUCAAUCAUCAUCCAUUAGGAAAAUGGUUGUAUUAGAACACCGCAAGCGAAAAGCAAAACGAUGGAAAGCAGUAGAGCAGAAUAGCUUACGAAUACGUGAAGUCCUGCAAGUCGCUUUUCACUUCUUCUCAGCUGGAUCCAGACUAUCAGGCGACGAGCGCGCCAGAAGGCUCGAAGCCACGAUUUACGGAAACAAUCCAGCUGUAAGUUAUAGAGAACCAUCUUCACCUUCUUCUGAAACCAAUAAUUAUGCUUGCCGAACGUCUUCCCAUUUUAUAGAGUCAACCAAAUCUCUAACCUACAGUCAAGUUACAUCUUUACUUAGACACCAUCAGACGUGCCAAGGAUUAGGAUGCUCUUACAGCUCUAAUCUGUGCCUGACUCUACGAGCAAUGUACUCGCACAUCACCAUUUUUAGCCACCGUUGCCAAGUGUGGGAGCAUUUCACAGACCUAGUGGGACUCCAUACCAAGUCUUGUCACCAGUGGGACUGCCAGCUUGCGUUUUGUCUCUACGUGAAACACGACACACAUCUAAGUGGUACAAGUGUGAGGUCGGACUACGAGGAGGGAGACCUCUUGAGGAAAGAGUUCGAUCGAUGCGAGAGUCACGGACCGCACGGAGCAAGGCUUUACUGUGGCCAUUUGCCUCGAAUCCAAAUCCCACUCUGCGGAGAGGUUGAUAGUGUUAGUAUGAAAGCGACGGAGUGCCACUAUAGGGAUGGGGUUGAGGCUAGGACGCUGAGACUUCUCGGGAACUUUGCACUACCUGGCUCAAGUCCGUCCUUUGUUACGCCUAUUAUAAAUACUCUUUGUGUGACUGCGGAUAUGUUAAAAGAUUAUUCUAGUGAAGCUGAUUAAUGCCGUACAAUACAGUUACCUUGGGAAAAAUGGCUGGGCGUCAAGCAGCUUUUAACCAGGGUACCUAAUGUUUAGAUAUAUACAUGUGUGUAUGAAUAAGAAAACGGGCACAGUAAGAAGUGACUGGACGUUUUCAUACUGAUCGUUGUGUACAAGUUACUCUGUGUUCAGAAUACCCUAAGUAUCUUUACGUAGAAAAUUAUUUGAA